UUUUCCGUAGCGCCAACAGCGCCAAUUUUUCUUAUUGAUCUUACCGAUUCGUCUGUAGUUCCGUAGCAUUGUACUGUAGUCUCUAAGCGUAAAUUUAGCAGAAAACAUGAUUGUAAUAUGAAUUAACAGAAUGCUAAAAAUGCGUUUUAACCUGCGGUUCUUGACCAACUAGAUUUCCAUAACCACUGCAUAGGCACUGCAAAACGAGUUUGGAUAAGCAAGAGCACUACACUGCUGGCAUUUUCAGCAUCAUUGUGAAUUGCAUUAUUGCGUGUUACCACAGAUGAUAUGACCCGUGAAAGCGCAGCUUUGAACACCGACGUUAUGUGACAUUCAGGCAGCCUGAAAGGUUCUAAAAUGAGUGAUCUUCUCCAUACAACUGAUCUGGACAGCUCGGCUUCACCAGCAAGACUGGAGUACACGUCGGAAAAACACGCCAGGCACACAUUAGAAGCCAUAAAUUUACUGCGGCUCCAUAGGGAGCUCUGCGACGUUGUACUGCUUGUAGGAAAUCGAAAGAUCUUCGCACAUCGCAUCGUGUUAUCAGCAUGCAGCCCGUACUUCCACGCAAUGUUUACUGGGGAGCUCGCCGAGAGCCGGCAAACUGAGGUGACGAUUCGAGACAUUGAUGAGCAUGCAAUGGAACUACUCAUGGAUUUCGCAUACACAUCGCACAUUGUAGUUGAGGAGAGCAAUGUGCAGAUGCUGUUGCCAGCUGCUUGCCUACUUCAAAUGGCAGAGAUUCAGGACGUGUGCUGUGAAUUUCUCAAGCGACAGCUCGACCCCACUAACUGCUUGGGCAUCAGGGCAUUUGCGGACACACAUUCUUGCCGAGAGUUACUUCGCAUUGCCGAUAAGUUCACGCAGCACAACAUACAGGAGGUGAUGGAAAGUGAAGAGUUCCUCUUGCUGCCUGUCAAUCAACUUGUAGACAUCAUCUCCAGUGAUGAACUAAACGUACGAAGUGAAGAACAGGUUUUUUCGGCAGUGAUGUCCUGGGUCAAGUACAACAUAACGGAUCGAAGACAGCAUCUGGGCCAGGUGCUGCAGCAUGUUCGACUGCCCUUGCUGAGCCCCAAAUUCCUAGUGGGCACAGUGGGUUCGGAUCUUCUCAUCAAAAGUGAUGAAGUGUGCCGCGACCUGGUAGAUGAGGCCAAGAACUACCUGCUUUUGCCUCAAGAGAGACCUCUUAUGCAAGGCCCACGUACACGUCCAAGAAAGCCAGUACGUCGUGGUGAAGUCCUUUUUGCAGUGGGAGGCUGGUGCAGUGGUGAUGCCAUAGCCAGCGUAGAACGGUACGACCCGCAGGCCAAUGAAUGGCGCAUGGUGGCACCCAUGAGCAAGCGCCGCUGUGGUGUCGGUGUGGCUGUCCUCAAUGACCUCCUGUAUGCUGUGGGUGGACACGAUGGCCAGUCAUAUCUUAACAGCAUUGAAAGGUACGACCCUCAGACAAACCAGUGGUCAAGUGACGUAGCCCCUACAAGUUCCUGCCGUACCAGUGUCGGUGUUGCGGUGCUUGACGGUUACCUGUAUGCCGUCGGUGGCCAAGACGGCGUUUCCUGUCUCAAUUUUGUAGAACGGUACGACCCCCAAACAAACCGAUGGACCAAAGUUGCGCCGAUGAGCACAAAGAGGUUAGGAGUAGCUGUAGCCGUGCUGGGAAGCUACCUUUAUGCUAUGGGUGGCUCUGAUGGAACGUCACCGCUCAACACAGUUGAGCGUUAUGACCCUCGAACAAACCGUUGGAGCUCCGUGGCGUCCAUGGGUACGAGGAGAAAACACUUGGGCUGUGCCAUCUACAGCAACAUGAUCUACGCUGUUGGGGGCCGUGACGACACUACGGAACUGAGCAGUGCAGAACGCUACAACCCUCAACUCAAUCAAUGGCAACCUAUAGUUGCAAUGACAUCUCGGAGAUCUGGGGUGGGAUUAGCUGUAGUGAACGGCCUCCUGUACGCUGUCGGGGGAUUCGAUGGAACCACUUACCUGAAAACCAUCGAGGUGUACGACCCGGAGCAGAACCAGUGGAAGUUGUGUGGCAGCAUGAACUACCGCCGCCUCGGAGGUGGUGUUGGUGUCGUGCGGUUGCCACAGCACGAAGCACACUACUGGUGACCCUGGCUCUCACAUUCCCUCUACCUACUCAGCCCAGCUGUGUCCAGCCAGAUCACAGUCUGAAUACUGCCAUGAGGCCCAAAGGACACUACGUGCCUUUGUUCCGCAUACAAAAAAAAAAAGGACUGCUUAUUAUACAUAUGCUUGAGUGACCGUGUGAAAGUAGGUGAAAGUGUGAACUGAAAGAAGUAAAGGUGUCUAGCUACAUAAUGUAGCAACAUUGUGAUCAAUGCUGUGCAUUCUUGAUAUCAUUUUGUUAUCAUCGGGGGCUGCUGUCAUUUUACUGUAGCAAUCACACAUGUACCAUGCAAAUUCUCUCGAUUUGUGCUGUGCGAUUUGUUAUGCUUGUUUUUCUUCUGUGUCUACUUUUCCUACAGUAAUCUCCGGUGGACUAGAGGGAAAUGUAAAUGCAAAAAGAGCUGAUUCCAAUGUCAAAAUAAUUAUGUUAAGGCUCGAGUGGGUUCUUGGACGUGAACUAAAAGCAGAUGAGCUGAAUAUUUUCUACUCAGUGUUUCAGAGAACACUGUACAAAGGCAAAUUAAACAUAAAAAUACAAUGGUAUAACAUGCCUGCUCGAUGCCCUGAUAACACUAUCUCUUUCCUAACACUGACUUUCCAUUUCACUGGCAUAGAAGCGAGGCAAUGUUAGGUUGUCUAAUUUCUUGUGUUCUAUAAAUCAUUGUCAUUCAGGGUUAAUGCAAGUGCUUGCACACCAAUAAACGAAACAGUGGUAGAAUACUGACUCUACAUGACACAUAAGACUCAAAGAAAAAAGCAAAAGUGCUACUUUACUGUAUUUUCCACUUUCAAGACAUUACACAUGCAGUGUCCAUUGCACGUUACCAGCUUUGGAUGACAAGUACAUACAACAUCCUCUGUGCAAUUUUGUGAAACACUCAUUUCAUCAUCGUCGCCGACUAUUUUGCUACCCCCCGAAUAACAUCCCAGUUGUACAGUCACUAUGAAGAUCAUCACUGAACACUAUAAAAUAACAGACUCAAAGUGCAUAUCACAUUGUCUGCUUUUGGGGAAGCAUGUGAGGCCUUAAGUAUAACUUCUUAUGUGAAAAUAUUUCUGGUUCACAAAAAUUGAAAUUAAUGGCAAAUUUGUGUGGUCAUUUCGUGGCAACACAUCGUAGCGCUCGGAAAUUGCUAUCACGGAUCACGUGGCCGUUGCCACCCCAACAUGAUUGCCAGGAAUCUAGCGGCUUUAGUCGCUUCGAUCACGCUAGGGGCAUCAUGGUCUCUCGUGUUCCGAUUGUGUCGUCUGCUAACCCAUAUCAACUUCGGCGUGUGGGCCAAUCGGAGCCUAUGCGGGCCCUCGCUGUGCGAAUGUGACGACACCGGAUACAGCUGUGCAACAUGCUGCCCGGUCAGAUCGGGACCGGGCAAAAAAAAAUGCUAGCUGGCAGAUUCCAGACGCGAGAUUGCUACGUUUUGACCAGGCGUACACAAGUGCUCAGAAUCUGGCAAAGAAAUCUCCCAGGAAAUGACCAUGCAAAUUCACAAUAAAUGUUGGGUGUUCAUGGUAUCUUUUUUUUUUUUAGACUGCUGUUUCACUCUGUAUUCUUGUCCCUCGUUUACGCGAUGGAUUACACACAGAGCAUGGUGUUUCAGGGUUAAACCGAGUAGAACCUGUUUUCCCCCUCAGAUGUGCAUCGUUGCCACUCGGGGUAAAACCCGAAAAAGCCCUAAAAGCACUGUGCCAAAGUGCAACUUCAGCCACCAAGACAGGCACUGGAGAACACUAAGCACUGCACAUUUAGUAGCCCCUCUGCAUCUCUUGUUCUUUAUUUACUUUCCACCAGACAUCUCCCAAUUUUACCCCGUUUUACGUCCCCUUAAAAAAAAAAAAAAAUUGCCCAGUGACUUUAAAAAACAACUCGAAACCCGAAAAUACCAUGAUCUAAUUACACAGCAAAAGCCAUAUAUACAAUAUGUAUAGACUUGCACAGGCUGUUUUUUCCCGCAGUACGAGACAUCUGUUAUAAGCUUAUGUUUAACACGCAAGUUUCUGUCCUCUGAGUGCCUCACAAAUCUUCAUGCUUCAACAAUUUAGUUGCCACUUCAUUGUACGAUUCCUUGUCGAGAGCAGAUCAGAAGCAACAACAAUCAUACCAUGGACUACCCUUAUCAUAUCAUGCACUGUAAAGUUUAAUUUAUAGUCUCGUAGUUUACAGAGUCCUUCAAUGUUUGUCAUGUACGAUUUACUAUGAGUGACGUAACAGGUUAGCAGUCUGAUGCUUGUGAAUGGAAUAGCAAGGCAGCAUUGAAGGGACACUAAAUAGGUAUAUAAGUAGAGCCCGAAGUUUUUGGGAAAUAUUUUUUAUAAAUUAGGGGGUAAAAAUUGGGUAAAUAAACAUGCGCUCUAAAUUCAUGCGAAUUCCGCUGGAAAAACUUCCAGUGCGCUAAAUUCUGGCUCAGAUACCGAAACUCACUGUACUGGUUAAGUUCAUUUCUAAGAGUGUACAUGUAAACUUUCAGAGAGGUUCCAAGAAGCAAGGAGUGUGUCGGCAGAUUACACUGUUUGAAUAGCAUUGCUCCUUAGAGGAGGAACUAAAGGAAUUAUAUAAUUGGAUAUUCUGAGCUAUUUAGUGCCCCUUUAAGCUCUCCUUCAAUCGUUUCGUGUAAAUAGUCAAGAAUUUUACGUGAGAAAAUCACUGUAUGAAAGCUAUUAUGUCCGCUGUGUCCAUGUCAGAAGUGUGUGUAACAUAGUGUUGUAGUGCAAGGAUAUGUACAUAUUUGUGACAAUUAAACUUUCUAUUUUUAUUUAUCUA